AUGAUCGGCUCUGUGACUGCAAAUUGGGGAACCCUCAGGCAGCAGUUUCUGUUUCUGGUCUGCUCCAGUCUCUUCGUUCAGAUAGCACCUUUGAUUAGUUGGCCACCGUUGGCUGCAGCGUUUGCCGGUGAUCAUCGCGCACCGUUUCUGAUGAAUGCCGCUGCAACUGUACUUCUGGCGAUUAUUUGGCUGAUAACUUUUCGAGAUAAACCUCAGUAUCAUCCAUUGGUAAACGGACUGGAGCUGAACAAAAUCGUCGCUGGCAAAAUAAAGGUUUAUUUUUUAUCGCACAAUUUGGUGUUUUUUUUUUUUAUUGGGAAAUAUCAUUUUCAAAAAGUUAUAUGA